UUAUAACUAAAACAGAGAUUUUUUGAUUAAAAUUGCUAAAAAAUAGAAGAAAAAAACAAUUAAGAAGAAAAAAAGUUUCUAUUUAUUAAAGUCUAAUAAAGCAUUAAAUUAAAAUAAAUGAGUUUUAUAAAUGUAAUCAUAAUGUUUAUCUAAACAUUGUCUCUCUUCUUAAGAUUGAAAUGCCAACAGUAUACUUACCCUGAUCCAGACAAAAUCUAUAUUUAAACUUAUACUUUAAUUAAUUAUGGAGGUGAUGUUAAUAAAACUAUUUCAAUACCUUACAAACUUUAGUGCUAAGAUAGAAAGUUGCUUGUUGGAAACCUAAAUUUAGAUUUUCCUACAAGUUAGAAUGGUUUUAUAAUAGAUAGCAGUAAUAAAAAUUAAACGUAAGUGACAUUUAAUAUUUACAAAGAUAGUGUUUAAAUUAGCUUUUUCUUAGCAGAAAUAUGCAUAGAUUAGUUUUACGUUGCUAAUCUCAACAUCACUAACCCUUAAUUUAAAAAUAAAAAUAAAUUAGAUUACACAGAUAAACCAUCUAAUUUUACCAAAAAUAUGGUAGCUUAUGCUUAUAUAACAGGUGUUUUAUAUGACACAAUCUCAAUAUAAAGUUUAUUUAUUGAAAGUGUUUAAACGCAAGAAGAUGGAUUCCAUUUUAUACUAAGUAAAGAAUCAAAUUGCCAAAUAAAUUUUAUUAGUAUAAAUUAUAUCUAUUACGAAGAAUUAUAAAAUGAAUCUUCCUACUAUUAGAUUUUUUAAUACAAUGAUCUUUAAUAUUUAUAGAAAGGAUAGAAUAGUGUCACUUCAGAUAUUCAAAUUUAUCCUAAUUAUGGCUGUCCUGAAUAAUAAUAUUGCUUAAUGAUUGGACUGAAUGGUUAUUAUUAAAAUUCUGAAAAAGAAAUAAGAUAAAAAAUUAUACCCUAAUUUAUUAGUAGUAAUGCUAUCUAAAUUCAAUAUAUUACAUGGGGUGAUUCUUAAUUAUUAUAGAUAUAGUCUUCAAUCCUCUUGAUUUAAAUGAUUGUAUGUACUGGUAAAUUAGCUAACUUUCAAGAUAAAUGUUAAAAGUGCCCAGUAGGGUAUUACUUAAGUAUAGAUUUAAGAAGUUUAAACAGAUGUUAAAAAUGCGAUGAUUCUUGUUAUUCUUGUGAGAAAAAUGCUUAAAAUUGCUUAAUUUGUAAAGAUUUAAUAUACAUGUAAUUUAAAGAUAAAAAAUGUUAAUGCAUUGAUUCUACUAUGAGCGUAGAUAAAAAGAAUAACAUCUGUAUUUGUAAUGACUCUUAAACUAUGAAGUAGAAUUCUUAAUUAAAAAAAUGUGAUUGUAUAGAUUAAGAUCUAAUGAAAUAUGAUGUAAAACAGAAAAAAUGUUUAUGUUUAGAAAAAAAAAAUCUAAAGUUUGAUUCAAAUUAAAACAAAUGUGUCUGCUCUGAUAUGAUAAAAAUGAUUUUUAACACAAACUAGAUGCAAUGCGAGUGUAAAGAUACAAUGAUUUUUGAUGAUUCAAAUUAAAUCUGUGAAUGUGCUGAUAAGCAAAAUAUGUAAUAUGAUUAAAAUAAAGGAAUUUGUGAAUGUAAAGAAACUAUGGCUUUCAAUAAUAAGAUAUCAAAAUGCUAGUGUAUAGAUGUUAAUAAUAUGCACUAUAAUAUUAAUACAAAAAAAUGCGAAUGCAACGAAUUGAUGAUUUAUAAUGAAAAUAAUAAAAAAUGCGAAUGUGCAGAUCUAAAAAAUAUGAAUUACUUUCCUAUCUAAGCAAAAUGCUCAUGUAAAGAAAAAAUGAAUUUUAACGUAAAUGAAAACAAAUGUAUUUGUGCUGAUUAAGAUAACAUGAAAUAUAACUCUGUAACAGCGAUGUGCGAUUGCCCUUCUGAAAUGAUCUUCAGCAGUAUCUUAUAAGUUUGCAUCUGCUAAAAUUCCUCUUAAUAUUAUGAUAAAGAUAAAAAAUAGUGCCUGCUAAAUCCAUCUUCCAAAAAUUGUGAUAUUUUAGAUCAAUUUGGUCCUUAGUGUUAAAAAUGUAAAAAUGGUUUCUAAAAUCAUAAUGGGUAUUGCAAAUAUUGUGGAAAAGGAAAAUUUUUUGAUGAGCUGACUAAAACUUGCUCUUCAACAUGUUAAGAGUACUGUUAUUAAUGUUCAGAUAAUUAAACUUGUAAUUAAUAUUAGGAUGAAUUUCCUUGUCACUUUAGUUGCUAAUUAUGCUAAAUACCUAACUCGGCUAAGGGUUGUAAUAUUUGCAGUUCUGACACUAGAUAAUUUAACUCUACUGAUAAUUCUUGCAACUGUAAAUUUGGAUUCGAAGAAGUUAAUAAAGCUGACUGCAAUUAAAUUUAAUAAUCGUUUAGCUAGUAAUUUUUAACGUUUAAAUCAGUUAUUUCAAACGUUUCAUACUAUUUACAGUUAAUCCAAGCUAUUUUUCCUUUUUAUCCUCAUAUUUAAUACUCUUUUAUGAUUUAGUAGUAAAUUGGGAUUUUAGCAUAUAAUUUACCAGGAAAAAAUGACAUAAAUGACAUGAGAAUAGAACUUUUAAAAGGUUAUUAAACCUACAAUUUUAAUUUUUUUGAGUAAAUUCAGCUCAUCUAGUCAGAUAACUAAGAAACACAGAAUUAAAUAAACUAUUUAAUAAUCAGCGCUUUAUGCUUUGCUUUCAUGCUUUUAUUCAAGUUGUCUAAUUUAAUAUUUAAAACUUUAUAAUAAAAAUUUUGGUAUUAAAAGCUUUAGUAAUAAGGAUUUAUAAUAAUAUCAAGACUGAUAUCUGCUUAAGUCUUAUAUACUACUAUUUCUAUCCUUUUAAAUUUGAAUAAGCUUGAUAAAUUCAUUAAAGAAUUAAUUUUAGUGGCAAUAAAUUUAGCUGCUCUAGUUUUAUUUUUAAUUAUUUAAACUUAAUAUUCUUGUUUUCUCUUCAAGUAAAAUAAAAAAUAAACAGAUACCUUUAGUAUUUGUUCUUUUGAGUAAGCACAGUAAGUAUAAAACAAUAAUUCAAAAACAAACCAAACAAUAAUGAUAAAUGAUAUAUGUAUUAUUAAAGGAAAUAAAUACUUGAUUUGGACUGCUUUCGAAUUAAGAAAAAUAAUUACUGCUGUUUUAAUAUUAAAAAUGUAAUCAAAAAUUAACUUAUUUGUAGUUGGAAGCUUGUAAAUUGCAUUUGGGUGCAUCUUAUUGUUGAGAAUAUUUAAUAAUUAAAUAAAAUAAAUCUACAAUAUAUUCACUGAAAUUAUUCUUGCUGCUAUUUAUUUCUUAUCAGCUCUUUCUUACAAUACUUCACCUGAAAAUGUCUAAGAAGGAUUGCAAUUUAAAAAACCUUCUAUAGUAGAUAUAAUAAUAAUAGUUGCUAUUUUCUUAAUUUAAGUAUUCUCAACUAUGAAUUGUUCCUAUUACUAUUAUUAAAUAAUUAAACAAUUCAUAAUGAAAAAAUAGCAAAAGUAAAAACUAAUCCAAGACACUCAUAUAUAAUUUUAGCAAUUCCCUUAAGAGUUUAAUGCUAGUAAAAUAAAUUUAUUUAUUUUAAAUAAUUUUAAAGUUAUUAUUAUAAUUUUUAAUAGGUACAAUUGA